UUCGCACCAGGGUUCCAAAUUGGAAUCCCCCUCUGGUGUUAGACGGAUCCCCUCUCCCUUCGAACUCCUCGAUAAGGGGCUUCCAGCAAGGGAAGGCCAGGUAUAUAACGAACGCCGUAGAGCAAGCCUUACUAUUGCCUGACAACAUGGUCGAUCUGAGGACUAUUAAGAGACACGAAGUGUUUUUGGGUCUAAAGAGAGACCUCACCAUGGCUGUUUAAGCUACUUUUUAGGGCUAAGGAGUUAGUGAAUAUCACUCACCGACAAAUGAAGGACGAGGAAGGCAGGCGUAUUGCUGCUAUUGAGGGCUUUAACGUGGCUGAGAAGAGGAUUAACGAGCUGAACACCAAGCUCACCGAGGCUAACAGGGAGAAGAAAAACAUUGAGGCUGCUCUGGGAGGGGCAGAAAGGCAAGCCGAGACUCAACGCAAGCAACUUCGUCAGGCCGAGGAUGAGCUUGCUGCAACCAAGGACCAAACAAAAGUGUUGAAGAAAAAACUGAAGGAUGCUGAGAAAGCUAGGGACCAGGCCGAACAAGAUGGCUACAAUGUAAGGGUAGCUAAGACCGAGAAGGCCCUUAAGGCUGAGGUCUCGGGGGUAUGUAGAACAUACUGCCUCCAGGUGUGGAAUGAGGCCCUUAACCUAGCUAGGGUUAAGGCUUUCUCAGCACUUAGGAGAGUAGAGAAUGUUUACUAUCCCCUGCAAUCCGAGCACCAGACUCCUCAAUCUCCCAGGAUGAUGCAACCCCUAAGGAUCCGAGCUCCAUCGAUGAGAUAUCGGCCAAAGACCUUCCUCCUCCUAGCAGUCCUCCAAAAAGGGCAAAGCAAGCUGGCGCAGCUGAGAAGGAAAAAGAGAACCCAAAAGAGGUCACCCCUGAAACUACAAAGCCUCCAACUGCACCCAAGGAUUCUUCCGAAGGGGGGUGGUUUCCCAAAGCCAUGAGCUGGUUUUAGCAACUUUCCCCAUUCCUGCCAAUAAAGAAUCCAAAGGUAAAGGCCCAGCAUCCUCAGCAGCAGCAACUGCCCAACCCACCAAGACCCCAGCAAAAGACAAGCUUGUAAUAAAAAUGAAGUAGUCUUUAGAGUAGCUUUCUUCUUCUUCUUCUUCUUCUUCUUUUAUUUUUUAUUUUUUCUCUCUUUUGAACUAUUGUUUUUGUUUCCAAAAUUUGUAAUCAAUUUGCACUUUUUGUAAUCAAUUUUCCUUUUUUUAAGGCUUAGCUUAAUGAUAAUUAUGAGCUUUUCUUUUACA